AUGGCGGUCACUGUGAGGACUUUCCCGAUUCCAUUACAGUGGUUAACCAGGGAACCUGUUUGGAUCGAGCAGUGGCUGCUGAAGAAGGAAAGUCUACAGCAAGUGCAUGAGCUAGUGAGUUAGCAGCUACAGCAAGGACAUAAAAAAACAUCUACUAGUCCCUGGAAUACACCUAUAUUUGUAAUAAAGAAAAAAUCUGGCAAGUAUCGUCUCUUACAUGAUUUAAGUGCUGUUAACCAACAGAUGCAAUCCAUGGGGGCUUUACAACCUGGCCUACCUAAUUCAGCAAUGCUGCCUGAACAUUGGAACUUAUUGAUUAUAGACUUAAAGGACUGUUUUUUCACAAUCAAACUCCAUCCUGAGGAUACACAACGUUUUGCCUUUACAGUACCUGCUAUAAACCGGGAGGCCCCAGCCAACCGGUAUGAAUGGAUAGUGUUGCCUCAAGGAAUGAAGAACAGUCCCACAUUGUGUCAACUAUUCGUUAAUGUAGCAUUACAACCCGUUUGAGCAGCUUGGCCAGAAACGUUACUUUUUCACUACAUGGAUGACAUCCUGAUAGCUCAAGAACUUCCAUUUUCUCGAGACCACGAGACGUUCUUGACUCAACAGUUUGAACAGCAGGGAUUAAUUAUAGAUACUGACAAGAUUCAAAAAGAGGCUCCAUGGAAAUACCUGGGAUGGAUUAUUACAGAAUCACACAUUCGGCCACAGAAACUGACCAUUCAGAUAGAGAUCAAAACCUUACAUGAUGCUCAAAGAUUCAUGGGAGAUUUGCAGUGGCUACGUCCUGUGAUUUGA